AUGGCGCAAGCAGGUCCUAUCACGGACGUUACUCAUCGGCUUUUCGCCGAGUUGAAGUCGAAGAAUGAGGAGACACGGGUGCGAGCUGCUUACGAGCUUUACGACAACGUUCUCGCUAUCUCUCGAGACUGGUCCCCCGAGAAGUUUUUGGAGUUUUUUAACGCGGUUAGCCAGCGCAUAGCACAACUGGUAGUUACUGGGAAUGACGCACACGAGAAGAUCGGUGGCCUGUUGGCCCUUGAUCGUCUGAUAGACUUUGAAGGAGUGGACGCUGCGCAGAAGACCACUCGGUUCGCCAGUUACUUGCGCAAUGCUCUUCGCAGCAACGACAAUGCAGUAUUGGUCUAUGCUGCUGCGGCUCUUGGCCGUUUGGCUAAACCAGGCGGAGCUCUGACUGCGGAGCUAGUGGAGAGUGAAAUACAAUCUGCUCUGGAGGCCCUUCAGUCAGAACGACAAGAAAGCCGACGGUUUGCUGCCGUGCUCGUUAUCCGGGAGCUCGCGAAAGGCUCACCCACGCUUCUUUAUGGCUUCGUUCCCCAGAUCUUCGAGCUAAUUUGGGUCGCUCUGAGGGAUCCCAAGGUUCUCAUACGGGAAGCUGCGGCUAAUGCUGUCAGCGAGUGCUUUGAUAUAAUCGCUGCUAGAGAUUUGCAGGUUCGGCAGCUAUGGUUCUCAAGGGUAUACGAGGAAGCGCUUUUAGGUCUCAAAUCAAGCAAUGUGGAUUGGAUACAUGGCUCGCUCCUGGUUCUCAAGGAGCUUCUCCUAAAGGGCGCCAUGUUCAUGAAUGAGCACUACCGAAAUGCCUGCGAGAUAGUCCUCCGUCUCAAGGACCAUCGUGAUCCGAAAAUCCGCACUCAGGUUGUUCAGACAAUCCCGAUUCUCGCCUCCUACGCCCCCCUUGACUUCACAGAGACGUACCUCCACAGAUUCAUGAUCUAUCUCCAGGCCCAGCUUAAAAGAGAUAAAGAACGGAACGCCGCGUUCAUCGCUAUAGGAAAGAUCGCGAAUGCUGUUGGGGUCGCCAUCGCACAAUAUCUCGAUGGCAUCAUCGUUUAUAUCAGGGAAGGUCUAGCAAUGAAAGCGAGGAACCGAGCUGCCGUUCAAGAAGCGCCAAUGUUCGAGUGUAUCAGUAUGCUGUCUUUGGCUGUAGGCCAGGCGCUCAGCAAGUACAUGGAAGCAUUACUCGAUCCCAUUUUCGCCUGCGGGCUUAGCGAAUCCUUAACCCAAGCGCUGGUCGACAUGGCUCACUAUAUUCCGCCAAUAAAGCCCAUAAUCCAAGAAAAACUACUGGAUAUGCUAAGCUUGAUUCUUUAUGGCACUCCUUUCAGGCCUUUGGGGUGCCCAGAGAGCAGAUUACCUCCAAUGCCCUCAUUUGCACGGGAUUUCGCCCCUCAAGAGCUACACUCUGACACGGAGAUCGCCCUUGCAUUGCACACACUAGGCAGUUUUGACUUUUCGGGCCAUAUCCUUAACGAAUUUGUGCGGGACGUGGCGAUCAACUAUGUCGAGAAUGACAACCCUGAGAUCCGGAAAGCUUCAGCACUCACCUGCUGUCAGCUGUUUGUUCAUGAUCCUAUCAUCAACCAGACAAGCAGUCAUUCGAUCCAAGUCGUCAGUGAGGUAAUCGACAAGCUUUUGACUGUUGGUGUUGGAGAUCCCGACCCUGACAUCCGACGUACUGUCCUGUGGUCCUUGGAUAGGAAAUUUGAUCGGCACCUAGCUAGACCGGAGAACAUCAGAUGUUUAUUCUUGGCUGUCAAUGAUGAAGUGUUCCCCGUCAGAGAGGCUGCGAUCUGUAUCAUAGGUCGCCUUUCCAGUGUCAACCCUGCCUACGUCUUCCCACCGCUGCGGAAGCUGCUUGUCAACCUUUUGACAAGUCUCGGCUUUGCUAGCACUGCACGCCAAAAGGAAGAGAGUGCCCAGUUGAUCAGCCUGUUUGUUUCGAAUGCGACGAAAUUGAUCCGGUCCUAUGUUGAUCCUAUGGUGACUACACUGCUACCCAAGGCAACCGACGCCAAUCCUGGUGUCGCUUCCACUACAUUGAGGGCCGUUGGUGAACUUGCAAAUGUGGGUGGCAGUGAAAUGAAAACAUACCUGCCGCAGCUUAUGCCGAUUAUCCUGGAUGCGCUACAGGAUCUCUCUUCUCAUUCCAAGCGCGAGGCGGCCUUGAGGACACUGGGCCAGCUGGCCAGCAACUCCGGUUACGUUAUUGAUCCAUACCUCGAAUAUUCUCAUCUACUCGCAGUCCUUAUCAACAUCAUCAAGACCGAGCAAACCGGGUCUCUGCGUAAGGAGACAAUCAAAUUACUGGGUAUUCUUGGAGCCUUGGACCCCUACAAAUACCAACAGAUCAGCGAGACCGCGCCGGUAGUUCAUCACAUCAAUGAAGUGCAAACUGUAUCUGAUGUCGCGCUUAUCAUGCAAGGCCUCACGCCGUCCAGCGAGGAGUACUACCCUACAGUUGUUAUUAACACGCUAAUGCAAAACAUCUUGCGUGAAUCGUCUCUUGCGCAGUAUCACUCUGCAGUCAUUGAUGCCAUUGUGACGAUAUUCAAGACCCUUGGUCUGAAAUGCGUACCAUUCCUUGGACAGAUAAUACCAGGUUUCAUAUCGGUCAUCAGAGGAUCACCCCCGAGCCGCCUUGAAUCGUACUUCAAUCAGAUGGCGAUUCUGGUCAAUAUCGUGCGGCAACACAUACGAGCCUUUUUGCCCGAGAUCAUUGAAGUCGUCCGUGAAUUCUGGGAAGCUUCCUACCAAGUUCAGGCUACAAUACUCUCGCUCGUGGAAGCGAUCGCCAAGUCAUUGGAAGGUGAAUUCAAGAAGUACCUUGCAGGCCUGAUCCCUCCGAUGCUCGACACGCUUGAGAAGGACACCACGAUGCGUCGUCAACCUUCGGAGAAGAUACUCCACACAUUUUUGAUAUUCGGUACAAGCGGAGAGGAGUAUAUGCACCUGAUUGUUCCCUCCAUCGUGCGACUUUUUGACAGGACUCAAAACCCCCAGAGUAUCCGAAAGUCCGCUAUUGAGACCCUCACCAAGCUUUCACGGCAGGUGAACGUCUCGGACUUCGCAUCAUUGAUGGUCCAUUCUCUGUCCCGGGUUGUUGCAGGCACCGAUCGCGUGCUGCGACAAGCUGCUAUGGACUGUAUCUGCGCGCUCAUCUUUCAGCUAGGCCAAGACUUCAACCACUACAUCCACCUGCUGAAUAAGGUCAUAAAGUAUAACCAGAUCAAUCAUGUCAACUACCACAUCUUGGUGACGAAGAUACAAAAGGGGGAUCCGCUCCCACAAGACCUCAAUCCCGAGGAAAACUACGCGGCACUGGCGGAUGACACCAAUUAUGCCGAGAUUGGACAAAAGAAGAUGGUUGUCAACCAGCAGCACUUGAAGAAUGCUUGGGACGCCUCACAGAAGUCUACUCGUGAAGACUGGCAAGAGUGGAUUCGACGAUUUAGCGUUGAAUUGCUGAAAGAGUCACCUUCUCCCGCUCUUCGAGCAUGCGCGAGUUUGGCUGGUAUAUAUCAGCCCUUAGCGAGGGAUCUCUUCAACGCGGCGUUUGUUUCCUGCUGGACCGAGUUGUAUGACCAAUACCAAGAAGAGCUCGUCCGGUCGAUCGAGAAGGCCCUCACCUCACCUAAUAUACCUCCCGAAAUCCUGCAGGUUCUUCUUAACCUAGCGGAAUUCAUGGAGCAUGACGACAAGGCCCUUCCCAUUGAUAUCCGCACUCUAGGCAAGUACGCUGCUAAAUGUCACGCGUUCGCGAAGGCCUUGCAUUACAAGGAACUUGAGUUUGAGCAAGACCAGAACUCAGGGGCAGUGGAGGCUUUGAUCACCAUCAACAAUCAGCUUCAGCAAUCUGAUGCUGCAAUUGGUAUCUUGCGAAAAGCGCAGGCUUACCGGGAUGUGGAGCUCAAAGAGACAUGGUUUGAGAAGCUUCAACGUUGGGAGGAGGCUCUUGCUGCGUACAAACGACGUGAGAAGAUAGACCCAGAUUCCUUCGGAGUCACGAUGGGUAAAAUGCGCUGUCUCCAUGCUCUCGGUGAGUGGAAGGUGCUCUCCGACCUCGCCCAGGAGAAGUGGAACCAGGCAUCCCUCGAACAUCGCAGAGCCAUUGCACCUCUAGCUGCAGCGGCUGCGUGGGGUCGCGGCCAGUGGGAAUUGAUGGAUUCCUAUCUUGGUGUAAUGAAGGAGCAGUCGCCAGAUCGGUCCUUCUUCGGCGCCAUCCUUGCCAUUCACCGGAAUCAGUUUGACGAAGCAACCAUGUAUAUUGAAAAGGCUCGCAAUGGUUUGGACACAGAGCUUUCAGCACUGCUGGGAGAGUCGUACAACCGUGCCUACAAUGUUGUUGUGCGUGUUCAAAUGCUCGCUGAGCUCGAGGAGAUCAUUACGUACAAACAGAACAUUGGCGAUCCCGAGAAACAGGAUUCGAUGCGUCAAACAUGGAACAAGCGACUACUCGGCUGUCAACAAAAUGUAGAGGUAUGGCAGCGCAUGCUCAAGGUUAGGGCGCUUGUCACCUCUCCUCGUGAGAACCUCGACAUGUGGAUUAAAUUCGCCAAUCUCUGUCGCAAAUCCAACCGUAUGGGACUCGCCGAGCGGUCGCUCGCAUCACUGGAGACCGUGGUUUCCGACAGCAACGGCACGAGGGCAAUUGCUCCCCCAGAAGUUACCUAUGCCCGAUUGAAGUUCAACUGGGCCACCGGACGUCAACGCGAGGCCCUUCAAAUGUUGAAGGAGUUCACUUCAAGCCUGACAGAAGACCUUACACGGUUCAAUGCUCUCAUGUUAUCGCAGGCGGAUCAUAAUGGAAUAAAUGGAUUCAGAAGGCUACUAGCAAAGAGCUAUCUCCGCCAAGGUGAAUGGCAGACAACGCUGCAGCGAGGUGAUUGGAGACCGGAACACGUUCGUGAAGUGCUCAAUGCGUAUGCCGCUGCGACCAAAUACAACCGUGAUUCAUACAAAGCAUGGCAUUCGUGGGCAUUGGCGAACUUUGAAGUCGUUACGACGAUUGCUAGCCAAGCCAGCAGAGAUGGCACGACAAUGGCCAUGGUCCCCGGACACAUUGUCACGGAGCAUGUAAUACCUGCACUUCGCGGCUUCCUCAGGUCAAUUUCACUGUCGUCAACCUCAUCCCUGCAGGAUACAUUGCGGUUGCUGACACUCUGGUUCACCCACGGUGGUGAUCAGGAAGUGAACAGUGUUGUAGCAGAAGGCUUUACGGCAGUGAACAUUGAUACCUGGCUUGCUGUCACUCCACAGCUUAUAGCUCGGAUCAAUCAACCUAAUAUCCGAGUGCGGAGUGCUGUUCAUCGGCUGCUGGCUGAAGUUGGCAAAGUACAUCCCCAGGCUUUGGUGUACCCAUUGACCGUUGCAAUGAAGUCUAAUGUUGCUCGACGAUCGCAAUCCGCCAGCAACAUUAUGGACAGCAUGCGACAGCACAGUGCGAAACUCGUGGAGCAAGCUGAUGUUGUAAGUCAUGAGCUGAUUCGAGUCGCGGUCUUGUGGCACGAGCUCUGGCACGAAGGCCUAGAAGAAGCCUCCCGACUCUACUUUGGCGAUCACAAUGUGGAAGGCAUGUUUGCAACUCUAGCGCCCUUGCAUGAGAUGCUCGAUAAGGGUGCCGAGACGUUGCGCGAGGUGUCAUUUGCUCAGGCCUUUGGUCGCGAUCUUGCAGAGGCGAAGCACUAUUGUAUGCUCUACCGGGAGACUGAAGAGAUUGGUGAUUUGAACCAAGCAUGGGAUCUUUAUUACACAGUAUUCCGCAAGAUCAGCCGGCAGCUGCCACAGCUCUCCACGCUCGAUUUGAAAUACGUUUCACCCAAGCUCAAGGAUUGUAUUGACCUUGACCUUGCGGUCCCAGGUACAUACCAAAGUGGCAGGCCCAUCAUUCGCAUCCUCAGCUUCGAUCCCAUAUUACACGUACUACAGACCAAGAAGAGACCACGGAGAAUGACAUUGAAGGGCAGUGACGGAAACUCGUACAUGUACUGUGUGAAGGGACACGAAGACAUCCGGCAGGAUGAACGUGUCAUGCAGCUCUUCGGCCUGGUCAACACACUACUUGAUAACGAUGGAGAGAGUUUCAAACGGCAUCUGUCUGUGCAACGGUUCCCUGCAAUCCCGCUAUCACAGAGCUCUGGUAUCCUUGGAUGGGUUUCCAACAGUGACACAUUGCAUGCCUUGAUCAAGGAAUACCGAGAAAGCCGACGUAUCUUGCUGAACAUUGAACACCGCAUUAUGCUCCAAAUGGCGCCCGACUACGAUAAUCUUACUCUUAUGCAGAAGGUGGAGGUGUUCGGCUAUGCCAUGGACAAUACCACUGGAAAGGACCUCUAUCGCGUUCUAUGGCUUAAGAGUAGUAGCUCGGAGGCCUGGCUGGAGCGCCGCACGAACUACACGCGUUCCCUUGGUGUCAUGUCCAUGGUUGGUUACAUACUUGGUCUUGGCGAUCGUCACCCGUCCAAUUUGCUUCUGGAUCGGGUUACCGGAAAAGUGGUCCAUAUCGACUUCGGUGACUGCUUCGAGGUGGCGAUGCACCGUGAGAAGUAUCCUGAGAGGGUACCUUUCCGGUUGACUCGUAUGUUGACAUUUGCCAUGGAAGUCAGCAAUAUCGAAGGAAGUUACCGGAUUACUUGCGAGGCUGUCAUGCGUGUCUUGAGAGAGAACAAGGAUUCCCUCAUGGCUGUUUUGGAAGCGUUCAUUCACGAUCCACUGAUCAACUGGCGUUUGGGGAUCCGCGAGUCCCCAGAUCGAAUGCCAUUUUCUGCCGAGCGUCGUCAGUCGGUCGUCUCUAACAUUAAUAUCGAUCAUGGGGUACAGCCCAGCAACUUCUCUCGUCACCGCCGGCCUUCCAUUCUUGAGGGUGGUAUCUUGGAUGCACAGGAGGGCAUUCCCAACGAAGCUAGAGAGGCACAGAACGCGCGAGCGCUCCAGGUGCUUGCCCGUGUCAAGGAGAAGCUGACAGGAAGAGAUUUCAAGCCGAGUGAGGAACUCAACGUCAGCGACCAGGUGGACAAGCUUCUUGCGCAAGCCACCAGUGUCGAGAACAUCUGUCAGCAUUGGAUUGGAUGGUGCAGUUUCUGGUGA